UGGGACCGUAAAAAUGCUCCUCUCUAAAUACACGCUAAGACGGCAAUUGAAGUACACCCUGACGGCUGGUACAUACAUCCUGCCGGUACCAGUCCCUAGCGAUUCAGCAUGGCUGCUCCCAGUCCCAGAGCCAGCGACGCAAAAUCCCACGAGGAAAUUUACGAGGACGCCCGGCAGGUGGUGUCCACUUACGAGACCGUUCCCACGGGCAUCGUGAUGGAUUACCACCGCCACCCCGACGGCUGGUACAUGGCCCUGCCGGUGAUGGUCGGCGCCGUCGUCGCACAGCAGCACUUCGAGGCGCGCGGCACCGACGUGCUCCUCGCCACGAUCCCAAAGGCCGGGACUACAUGGAUCAAGGCGCUCCUCUACGCCGCGGCCAACCGCACCAACGACGACAACAGCUCGUCUUAUUUGUUCCAGCAGCUCGCCUCCCACAACUCCCACCAGCUGGUUCCUUUCCUCGAGACCCAGCUCUACACCAAGGACCAGAUCCCUGACCUGAGCUCGCUCCCCUCUCCACGGCUCUUCGCGACGCACAUUCCGGCCGGAUCGCUGCCGGCCUCCGUCGCCGCGUCGGGCUGCAAGGUGGUAUACUUGUUCCGUGAACCCAAGGACUGCUUCGUGUCGCUGUGGCACUUCAUGAACACGCUGACCCCGUGGGACAUGGACGAGGCGGUCGGCCGGUUCUGCGACGGCGUCUCGCCGUAUGGCCCGUUCUGGGAGCACGCUCUGGGCUACUGGCGGUGGCACGUCGAGAACCCGGGCCAGGUGCUCUUCCUGACCUACGAGGAGCUCACUGUCGACACGCUCGGCCAGCUUAAGCGCCUCGCCGAGUUCAUCGGACGCCCGUUCACGGCGGAGGAGCAGGAGGCCGGGGUGGACAGGGACAUCGUGGAGGCGUGCGCGAUGGGGAGCAUGGUCAAGCAGGAGGUGAACCGGUCGGGGACGACCCAAAUAAUGGAGAUGCAGAUGCCCAACGAGUUCUUCCGGCGCGGCCUGGUCGGAGACUGGCACAACUACCUCACGCCGGAGAUGGCUGGAAGGAUCGAUGAGGUUACCAAGAGCAAGUUCCAAGGAUCCGGCCUGAUGCUGCCCAAGGAAAUCUAGUACUGUACACAUCGCCUUGAAUAUUUGGAAUAAACGUCAGAUGGUCGUUCUUGUUGUACACUUUGUACCUUGCUUCUGCCGGUUUGUCUGAAUAAAAAACUUGCGUUGUCUUAA